CUGGGCGACGCCCCCUCUCUCUCAGGCGCUGGCGCAGCUGAUAGAGCGCUCGCCGGAGCCUGGCGUGUACGGACUACACUUGUCCCACAAUUACAUGUCGCAGGUGGGCGUCGGGAUGAUGCUAGUGUCAGCUGUCAAGACAGGGUUUUACCCGGUUCAGCUGCCAGAUUCAGGCGGCCCUGUACCUCUGUGGCUACGAGUCCACGACCAGCAGUGCCCAUGGCCAGUUCUGUCGAGCACUGGAACAGAGCAGCGGUCCAGCUCUUUCGACAAGGCGAAAGGCCUCCUGUCGCACCUCUCCAAGACUCUGGUCCAGAAGUUCUUGCUCCCGAAAGGCAAGCAGUUGCCCGACGGUUUCGAGCUCUUCUGCAUGCCGAAGCCCACCAGUAACGCGUGGAGUAGCAACACAGAGGUCGAGCCCAUGGACCUCGAGACCGACACCGCUGGGACGUCCAUGUCCUCGCGUUGCAGCUCCCGAAAAUGCCAGUCGUGCAGCAGUGCCCACGAGGACGGCGUCGGGGCGGCGGUGCACCUCCCGUUCUUCUGGCGGCAGGGGCGCAGGCAGCACAACCGCGUCGUUGAGACGACGCCGCCAGACGCCGCGACGCUGCACAAGCGCGACCCGCGGUGGCGCGACUGGCGGCCCGCGGCGCGGCGGGUCUUCGCCCAGCAGGCGCGCCAGCAGCAGGAGGGGGCUGCCGAAGCUGGGGGCAACGACGCGCCCGCCACGCCCGAGAUCCCGGGGAUUCCGG